AUGGCCGAGAAUGACUCCCCAAAGUUGAAUAUUACCAGUAUACCUAACAUCGAGACCCAUCAAUGUAAUACCGGAGAAGGUCCGCUCCAAAGUUAUCGCACCAGUGUACGGUUGAAAGCGUCGAAUAGUCCGUUGAAUUUCAAGAAUGCUUCCGAUUGUGUGGACCCAAGUCAAGAAGUCAAUACUUUCGUCGAUAAUCUCCUUAACGCCCCGCGAUCUCCAAUUCGAGAAGAAAUGCCUUUCAACUUUGAUUGCAAUACUGAUAACGAUGGGUUUGACCCCACAGCAGCGCUUAAUAUCAGCGCGCACAGCAAUGGUGCCGGUGGAGACUUUGCCUUUGAUUUCGGCAGUACACCAAAUGGGGGUGAAGAAGGCGAUGAUGGCGGAUUUCAGUUUAAUUUCGGUGGAAGUCCUGACAAUAAUGACAGUAACGGAAAAGCUGGCGGAAGUUUCAACUUGUUUGGUUUUUAA